CUCUUCUGAAAUCAACCAACUUCUGCCACGUUCACCACAUCUCCAACCAUCAUACUAGAUCAUACUAGAAGAAACCAAAACAUCUAACACAAAAUGGCCCUCCCGCCCAGGCUGAAAGGCCAUCGCUACACCUUCCCGGAUGCCUAUACCUCGUCCUCCGAUGGGGCGGCCCCGGCUCUGCACACGCUCGAGAUCUACCUCGACUACGUCUGCCCCUUCUCAGCCAAGAUCUUCAACACGCUCGUCGAGUCGGUGAUCCCCUACGUGCGGCAGCGCCCGGAGCUGGCGUCGCGGCUGGAGAUCGUGCUGCGGCCGCAGAUCCAGCCGUGGCACCCGUCGUCGACGCUGGUGCACGAGGCGGCGCUGGCGGUGCAGCGGCUGACGCGGGACGACGCGACGGCGGAGCGGUUCUGGACCUUCCUGCGGGCCCUCUUCCGCGAGCAGAGGGCCUACUUCGACGAGGCCGUCGUCGACGAGCCCCGCAACCGGACGUACCGCCGCCUGGCCGAGCUGGCGCACCGGAGCAUCGGCGUGUCCGCCGACGAGGUGUACGCGCUGCUGGAGAUCAGGCCGACUACGGCCGGGGCCGGGGGUGACGAAGCCAGGAACGCCGGCAACCAGGUCACGGCGGACAUCAAGACCAUUGUCAAGAUCGCCAGGCUGACGGGCGUGCACGUCACGCCGACGGUGCUGCUGGAUAGCGUGGUGGUGGGAGAGAUCAGCAGCGGAUGGACAAGCGAACAGUGGCAGAAGUGGUUGGAUGCGAAUAUCCAGUGAAGUUAGUUUUGAAAGAGAUGAGAGAAAGGUCCGUUGAGGUGCGGGAUUAUUAGUCUGUUAAAUGGAUGGAGAUUCAGGCUGGGAAUGAUAAUUUCAAAUGCCUUCUCAUUUCUUUAUUCCUCCCGAAGUCUCACUAGCUAGCUGC